CCCUGCGCACCCCUCUCGCUGCUGCCCAGGUGCACCGCCUGCCUCGGCGCAGGGGAUGGACAGGAUGGACAGGAUGGACACGAUGGACGGCUGCCAGUUCUCGCCUUCUGAGUAUUUCUACGACGGCUCCUGCAUCCCGUCCCCUGAGGGCGAGUUCGGGGACGAGUUUGAGCCUCGAAUGGCCGCCUUUGGGGCGCACAAAGCAGAGCUGCAAGGCUCCGACGAGGAGGAGCACGUGCGAGCGCCGACGGGCCACCACCAGGCCGGCCACUGCCUCAUGUGGGCCUGCAAAGCGUGCAAGAGAAAGUCCACCACCAUGGACAGGCGGAAGGCGGCCACCAUGCGCGAGCGGAGGCGCCUGAAGAAGGUCAACCAGGCCUUCGAGACGCUCAAGCGGUGCACCACCACCAACCCCAACCAGAGGCUGCCCAAGGUGGAGAUCCUCAGGAACGCCAUCCGCUACAUCGAGAGCCUGCAGGAGCUGCUGAGGGAGCAGGUGGAGAACUUCUACGGCGUGCCCGGGCAGAGCUGCUCCGAGCCCACCAGCCCCACGUCCAGCUGCUCCGACGGCAUGCCUGAAUGUAACAGCCCUGUCUGGUCCAGAAAGAGCAGCAGUUUUGACAGCAUCUACUGUCCUGAUGUACCAAAUGUAUAUGCCGCAGAUAAAAGCUCCUUAUCCAGCCUGGAUUGCCUGUCCAGCAUAGUGGACCGGAUCACCAACUCAGAGCAGCCUGGAUUGCCUCUGCAGGACCCGGCCUCGCUCUCCCCAGUGGCCAGCACCGACUCACAGCCUGCAACUCCAGGAGCCUCUAGUUCAAGGCUAAUCUAUCAUGUGCUAUGAACUAAAAAUCUAGUUUUGAUCAGUUCUGCCAGGAGGGCCUGUCACACAGGAGGAAGGAUGCCCAAGGAGUUCAAACGCAAGUCGACUUGUAUAUAAAGAUUUCCUUUCAGUUGUAAAUUUGUACAUAUUAUCUUGCCGCUUUAUAAGAAAAUGUAUUUAACUAAAACGUGACCAUUGCCAUUAAUACUUAUUUCUUUUCUCCUCCCUCUCCCCUUACCCUUCUUUCUCCCCUUAGUCUUUGCUUUAGAUACUUAGUUCCAAUAUUAUUAUUUCUGAUGGGGGCAAUUCAUUGACGGUAGCUUGUUGCAAUGUUUAACUUAUGUUUUUUAUAAAUAUCGCUUAUCAAAAUAUUAUCUGUGGUGUUUUGAUCUUUAUUUUUUCUUCAAAACAUUAGAACAGCCGGAAAACAGUUACAGGAAAUUUUAAAUAUAUUUAACUUUUUCUCUCUCUUUAAUCCUUUGGUUAUAUUGUAUUAAAUAAAAAUAUAACAAUACUGCUUAAUGGUAUAUAUUUUUUAUCAUUUCUAAUAAGAAAUACAUCUUUUUAAUGUAAGCACUAAAUAGUACUUUGUGGAUAAUUUCAAGAUAUAAGACGUUUUGAAAACUCCACCAUAAAUAAAAUUGUUUUAAAUGAAAAAAUAUUUUGGUUCAUGAUGUUUUGAAAGAAUACCCCUAAUAGAAUUAGCAGUCAUUGACAUAAAAUCUUUAAUGUAGGGCUGAUAAUAACAAAACAGUAGGCUUAGUGGAUAAAUCUGAAUAUUUGCCAUCUCAUGGACUCAGUUUAGGUCCUGUUGAUGUCACAAAUGAAGAAAAAAAAAACCCAACAUGUUUUCAUUUUAAUCAUAUUUCAAAGGAGCCUGCUAAAUAAAAUUUUUCCUUUAAGUGCAGUACUAUAUAAUGUCAGGUUGUGUGUGUAGAGGAAGAUAGAAAUUAUUCAGGACAACAGCAUAUGUUUAAACAAAAAAGACUGUACAACAUUACAUUAUUUUAAUACCUACAGUACAUUAGAAAUCAUGGCUUAAGUCAUAUUUACUUUAUCUACUUGCCUGAAAAUAUAUUGAUAUAUUAAUGUAUUAAUGUUGUCAAUAAACUAUUUAAAGAUAUUGA